ACUAAUUUUCCACAGGCUCUGAAAUCCCGCCAUUUCCUUUCAAAGCAAAACCCUCAAAACCGUUCCAUUUCCACACCCAAACAGUUUCUUCAUCAACAACAAUGGUGGUGACUCGUAGAAAGAUGACUGAAGCUUUUUCUGGUUCUGAAGAUGGUGGUGGUGACAUUGAAAUCGAAGAAGCGUCAUCGAAAAGAGCGAAAACAGAAGCUGAAGUUUCGAAUUACGAGCAGAUUAGGCAACAGAGGAUCAAAGAGAACAUGGAGAGGAUGCACAAGCUGGGUUUAGUUGACCUCUCUCUCAAGCUCAAGCCACAGAAGAAAAUCGCACCGGAGAAGAAGAAGAACGUGCUACCGCAACACCUCUCUCCUCAGAGACGUUCUUCCAGAAUAAUGAGCAUGGAACCGGUUAAGUAUUCUUAUGAUUCUCCGAGACAAAAGCGGGAUUCAUCGAGUAAGAAAGAGAAGAAAGAGAAGGAGGUGAACAUUUUCAUAGCAGAAGGUACAAACCCUGAAGUUUACACUGAAGAGCAUGAGAAGCUUCUGGCAGAUUAUGAGAGUACUUGGGAAUUGAAUGUAGAUGGAUAUGAUGAGGAUGGGGACCGUAUAAUUGAUCCAACCAAAGGAGAGAAAUGCCAUCAAUGCAGGCACUUAACUGUUGGUCAGUUUACCACUUGCAACAAAUGUGAAUUACCCCAGGGGCAGCUUUGUGGAGAUUGCUUGUUCACAAGGUAUGGGGAAAAUGUGUUAGAAGCCAAUUAUAAUCCCAACUGGACUUGCCCUGCUUGUCGAGGAAUCUGCAACUGCAAUAGUUGCCGUAGGGAAAAAGGUUGGGCGUCUACCGGUAACAUCUACAACAAGGUGGUACAACUGGGGUUCAAAUCUGUUGCUCAUUAUCUGAUUAAGACUCGCCUCUCUGAGAAAGGAUUGGAAGACUCAGGUGGUGAAAACAUUGUUGCAGAAGGAUCACCAGAGACCUCUACACAUACAACACUGAAUAGAUCUACUCGCACUAGCACUAGAAGGGCUCUGAGACUGAGAGGUUAAAAGGGUGUGGACUCAAAGGACAUUAAAGAACAGAGUUUGAUGAUAUAUGUGCUGAUGUGCAUAUGCAUGAAGAUGAUGACGACAUGUUUUGUUGUGAAGAAAGUUGUUUCUUAUUUUUGUUUGAGAUUCAUACUAGCUUAGCCAUUUAACGAAACAAGUUUGUAGCACUUCGCCAUGAGUUUUGACAACUUUUUAAGCUGUUCGAUGGAGCAAGAUAGUUGUUAGUAAACUAUAAAAAAAAUUAUUAGGUUUCUUAA